CCGAUUUCUCGUAAACAAGUUGUGAAUUAAGUUAAUAAGUUUUUACUUGUAGAUCAAAAUGCUGCUUCUCCUGUUCCUGGCGGUAUUAGGACCAGUUUACUCCGAGAAAUGCUCUCACCUAUACGAUGGAAUGGCAUAUGAAAGAUCAGCUAUCCUCACAAUCAAAGGAUUGCCCACGAAUUUAGUAUACAAUCCUAUCAACAAUGAUCUUCAUUUCACUCUUAUAGAUAUAGACAGCUUACAAAACGAUAAUGUGCAAACAAAGAUGGAACAAUACAUACUUAGAGAUAAUCAACCAAUCAAAAUUGACAACGUAAAUGGUCAAGCGGCUGCGGUUGACGCGAAAAAUAAAAGAGUUUAUAUAGCAAGUGAUGAUGGACUCAAUUUCCUUAAUGCUAGCGAUAAAGCACAGUUCUUAAGCCUCAAAGAUGAAGACAUAGUACAGCUAUUCAAACCACGCCACAGUGAUGACUUGUAUGCAGUACUUUUCCCUGAAAACGAGGUAUUUGUAAUCGAUGUAGAGAAAAACGAGAAAAGAAAAGUCGAGAAUGUUCCAUGUGCUUUCAUUUUAGCUGUUGAUGAUAGGAGCAAUAUUUAUUAUGAAUGCGAUUCUAAAUAUGUUAAAGUUAUGCUCAAAGGCUUUCAAGAACCUAUAGAGUUCGUUGGAAUACCUAAAAAUGCCGCGAGAGCGGUGGCCGUUGAUUAUAUAAAUAGGGUAAUUUUGGCUACAAAUGAUGGCCUAUACUGGUUGAAAUAUGAUAAUAUUAUUCCAACGAAACUGAUGGAUUUGGAUUAUGUUCCUUCAGGAAUAGCGUUUGAUGAAAAUAAUGUGUAUGUUUCGACUAACGGUAUUAUCUAUAAGUACAGUACUAGCGAAUGUGAGACUGAAGAAAAUUAAAUAUUUUGGAAAUUGUUGUUAAGUUUUUA